UUUUUUUUAAUCUUUGCUUCCAUGCAUGGAUUUCUCUCCUCCAAAUAUAGUCAAGCUUAGAUAGAGAGAGAGAGAGACGGAGAAAGUAGUGAGAGAAUGGAGAAACAAACGCUUCACUCACUCACUCACUUUUUUUAGUCUUUUUAAUUUUUCCUACUAGGCUUGUUCAUCACUAUCAUUAGCAGCAAAGGUAACAGAAACAGACCCUUCCACUCCCUCCACCUUCUUCCAAAGUUUUGAUUUUUUUUCCUUCCAAUUUCAACUACCCAAGAAACAGCCAAUACGGUGAGACAAAGCUACUGCAUAGUGCACAUUUACUAAGCCUAUCCUUGCCUUUUUCUUUCUUUGUUUGUGCAUAUCAGAUCUUGUUUUUUCCUUUAUAAUUCUUUGAAAUCUGAGAUGGGUUAUUCUCUGCUUAGUUCAGAAAGCAAGAACAACCGUGAUCUAACACAAACUUCUUCACAAGAUUUGAGCUUUCACCUUUGAUUGUUCUGAUCUGGAUCUUGUUCUCUCUUUACCUUGUGGUCCUCUGUUUCAUUGCCAUUUUGGCCUUUUUUAGUAUAGUAAGACCAAAAAGACAAAAAGAAAUACCAUUGUCUCAAAUUCUGUGAUAGAAUUGAAGUUUCAUUUGCUCCUCUGAUCCUUGUUUUUCUUUGAUGAAUUGUAACUAUAAUUCAAUGGAAGAAGUUCAAGAAUUCAAAUAUAUGUGCAAGUUCUGCAGCAAGACCUUCCCUUGUGGUAGAUCCUUGGGAGGUCACAUGAGGUCUCAUUUGACCAAUAAUUCUGCUGAAAAAGAUAAAAAGCUCAGCAAAACAAAGCUCUCCCCUUCCAAGAAAGGAAGAAAGCACACUAACGCUGAGUUGGGUGUGGAACCUGAGACUCAAGCUGGUUAUGGUCUUAGAGAGAACCCCAAGAAGACUAAGAGGCUUGCAGAUUCAAGUGAAAAUACUUUUUCACUCCAUAACAGGUUCUGCAAAGAAUGUGGGAAAGAGUUCCAGUCUUGGAAAGCUCUGUUUGGUCACAUGAAGUGUCACUCAGAGAAAGAAAAAGGUUCCAGUAGCUUGGAUGAUCAAGAUUCAUGGACUAGUGCUAACCAGAAGCCGGUCAUAGACAGCCAAUCUGACAAUGAAACCACUGCUCCAAAUAAAAAGAGGAGAUCAGAAAGAAGAACAACAAGGUACAUGGCUGCUGCAACCUCUUCUUCUUUGUCUUUUGCCAAUGCUUCCUCUUCUGUUUCCGAGAUUGAGCAAGAACAAGAAGAGGUUGCUAUGUGCUUGAUGAUGCUUUCUAGGGAUGUCGGUCAUUGGGGUGGUUUGAAUUCUGCUGCUGAGUCUUCUGAUAAUAAUUCUGUUUACUUAGAAGCUCCAGAAUCUUUUCAAACUAAUCUGAUUACUAAAAGUGUGGGCAAGACUUCUGUGUUUAAUGGUAAUAAGAAUUUUCAAGUGAAGAAACUUAGUGAUAAGAAGUUGGAGCUUGGUAAUUUGGAUUUUGAGGAUGUCCAAGGGAAAGAGUCAGAAUUCUGUGCUCCUGGCAAUUUAAGAACUCUGUCCAGAAUGACUGAAACUGAAGUUUCCACUGAUGGGAUUUUCAAGAAUGAUAUGAUGAAGAAGUCUCAGAUUGAUGAUCAGUUAGGAUUUGAGGAUUCUGAAGUUAAAUUGGGGAAAGUUUUCUCUAAGGAAACUGCAUCAGAUCAAGCUCAAUUGGCUUCCGUUAAGUGUAACUCAAGCAAGAAAAAGGUUGGCAAUUCCUAUGAUCCUGAAUUGAACUCAGAUCCUUUGAAAAAAUUGAACACAGAUGAUUUGGAUUCUGAAUUCAGCAAGAGUUCACAUAAGAGGAGUAAAUUUGAGUGUACUACUUGCAACAAAGUCUUUCACUCAUACCAAGCUCUUGGAGGGCACAGAGCUAGCCAUAAAAAGAUCAAAGGUUGCUUUGCUACAAGAAUCGAGGGUAGUGAAAACAGCAUUGAAACUGAACUCUCUCUUGACCCUUCAGCAGACAGUAAGCUCAUCAAAUCAGGCUGCACUGAGAAACCUACUGAGCAAGACAGAGUGGCUGUUUGUGAUGUAAAGACUGAAACAGGUAUUGGGUCCAAGAAGAGUAAUGGGCAUGAGUGCCCAAUUUGCCUCAAAGUUUUUCCAUCAGGCCAAGCCUUGGGAGGUCACAAAAGAUCCCACUUGGUUGCUGUCUCAGAGGCUAGAAACAAUCCAACCAUUGUAAUUCAGAAACCAGUUCCAGAAAUUCAAGACUUUCUUGAUCUCAAUCUGCCUGCUCCUGUUGAAGAAGAGAACAAUGGACAUGUUGGGUUCACGCCAUGGUGGGUGGGAAGCACCCACAAGCAUGAGGCCCUAGUGAGUUUGAUCUCUAACUGAACUUCCUAGUCCUGGCCAUGGCUCCCAAUAAAGUUUCACAAGUGUACAGACAAGUUUCUGGAUACUAUUUCAUUAAUUCUUUACAGGAUUCAACUAUGCACCAAGGCAUAUUACUGCUCAUCGCCUUCAAGAACAACUUCAAAUUUCAUAGAUAAGUUUUUGUUUAACACUUUCUUUACUAUAUGGUUACUUUUUUGGUUUUUUCCUGUCAUAGAAUAAGAUACAUUCCUGCACAUUACAAGUUCAUCAAUAUGUUUGAUGCUUCACUUCCAAACUUCAAUAUUGUAACUUGAUUUUACAUUUUCCUCUCAUGCUUAAGCUUCUACUAGAAAAAUGUACCUUUUCUUCACAUAAACACUAAAAGGUGUUUUGUUUUGUGGUAA